AUGCAACAGUGGGGUAACUUUGCAACGCAGGAACUUAGUCCUUACAAAUAUCUUCUGCAACAAGCUUCUAAUAGUUUUAAUAGCGAAGAGCCAAAACCCAGCCUUGGGGGCUCUGUAGCAAAACUAACCAAGGCAGAACAGGAUAGAAUGGCAGGAUUGGAUGGAGUGGUGGCUAUCUUUCCUGUUAAAAAGAGAACUAUCCUUGCAAUAAAAUCCUGGGAUUUUAUUGGUCUUCCAAUGAACGUGAAAAGAGAGUCUUAUGAAUACGACGUGAUCAUUGGAAUAAUAGAUUCUGGAAUUUGGCCAGAAUCUGAGAGUUUUAAUGAUAAAGUCUUUGGUCCACCACCAAACAAAUGGAAGGGAGUUUGUCAAACCAUUAAUUUCCCAUGCAACAAGUAA